UCGUACAGUGCAGACUAGUGGGAAGGAUACAUUUUAUUUGGUUUCUUUACCUGAAGAUGAGCGUUUCUGAUUGAUGUCAGACUUUGCUGUCCGGGGUUAAAUAAACUUCACCGUUCCAACCCAGUGUUCCUGUUGAGUUCCAGUCUGUUGUAUCUCUUCGUUGACUUCUGAAAGUGUACUAUUUUGACAUCUAGAUACUUUUGGUCAGCAAGCUUCAACUGGACACAAAAUAAUUGCACAAAUUACAUACUGAAUAGCGAAUCUAGUACAUUCUUUCAAAAAGAUUCGUUUUCUCUAUGGAUCGUGGCGCUAAACGGGCUAGAUAUAGUUCAGAAGAGGAGGACAAUGGUAAUAACCAUGAAAAUUCUAAAAAGGAUGACUCGUCGAAAAAUCCAGAUAAAAUUGCCAACAUAUUUGGCAGAACUGGUGGUGCAUAUAUUCCCCCAGCUCGACUUCGUCAAAUGCAGGCCCAGAUUACAGACAAAUCAUCUGAGGCAUAUCAACGAAUUGCUUGGGAAGCACUUAAAAAGUCUAUUCAUGGUUUCAUCAAUAAAGUGAAUGUGUCCAAUAUAUCAGAAGUUGUUAAACAGCUUCUAAUGGAAAAUAUUGUUAGAGGUAGAGGUUUAUUUGCCAAAUCUCUUCUUACUGCACAGUCUGCAUCGCCCACCUUUACUCAUGUUUUCUCCGCUCUUGUUGCUGUUGUAAACUCGAAGUUUCCCAAGAUUGGUGAACUAGUUCUCAAAAGAUUGAUCAAUGAAUUUCGUAAAGCAUUUCGUCGGAAUCAAAAAGAUCGUUGUCUGUCAACUGCACGAUUUUUAGCUCAUUUAGUUAAUCAAAAAGUUGUUCAUGAAUUAAUUAUCCUGGAAUUACUGACUCUUCUACUUGAACAAACAACUGAUGACAGUGUUGAAGUCGCUGUAUCUGUAUUGAAAGAAUGCGGUGCUAUGCUUUCACGUCUUGUACCUAAAGGUGUACAUGGAAUUUUUGAACAUCUUCGACGUAUUCUAAAUGAAGGCCAAUGUGAUAAACGUAUUUCUUAUAUGCUAGAAGUUAUGUUUCAGAUCCGUCGAGAUGGAUGGAAAGAUCAUCCGAUUGUUCUACCAGAACUUGAUUUAAUUCAAGAAAGUGAUCAAAUCACGCAUACAACUUCACUACUUGACCAAGUUGAUCCAGAGGAAUAUUUAAAUGUUUUUAAAUUUGAUCCAGAUUUUUUAGCCAAUGAAGCAAAAUAUGCAGAAAUCAAAGCAGCACUGUUUGAAUCGAAUGAAGACUCCGAGGGAGAAUCCAAUGAAGAUAAUGAUUCUGAUGGAUCAGAUGGCAAUGAUGAUGAUGAUGAAGAUGAAGAGAAUAAUGAGGAACGUCUUCGUGGUGCUGCUGCAACAGCAGAAAAUCAACAAACUAUAAUUGAUCAAACUGAAACAAAUCUAGUUCAUCUUCGUCGUACUAUCUAUCUUAUGCUGCAGAGUAGCUUGAGUGCAGAUGAAGCUGGACAUCGUUUGUUACAAUUGAAAAUUAAGCCGGGUGAAGAAUAUGAAGUAGCAUCUAUGGUUUUAGAUUGUUGUGCACAAACACGUAGUUAUGAAAGUAGAUAUGGUCGAUUAGCUCAAAGACUUUGUCGAGUGGUUUUCCCGUCUAGUACACCAUCUAGUAAUACAGGUGGUAGUACUAGUGUUUCUGUCAACUCUGAUCUAGGUCCUGGUAGUCGAUAUAGAAGUAAAAAUGAAGUUGUUAAAUCUACUUCUAAAGAAGAAACUUCAACGCCUGUUGUAGUAGAAGAAACCGGUCCACCUCGUAGUUAUGUUGCUCAAUUUGAAAAAAUAUUUGCUGAACAAUAUGCAAUAAUUCAUCGACUGGAGACAGCGAAAUUACGUAAUGUAGCAUUUUUAUUUGCACAUCUUUUAUACUCAGAUUCUAUAUCCUGGGGAGUAUUUGAAUGUGUACGAUUAAAUGAACGAGAUACUACAUCAUCUGGACGUAUAUUUUUAAAACAUCUAUUCCUUGAAUUAUGUUCAUUUAUGGGUUUAUCAAAAUUACAAACAAGACUUCGAGAUGAAACAUUACAACCAUUUUUCACUGGUCUAUUACCACGUGAUAAUCCUAAAGAUACACGAUUUGCAAUCAACUUUUUAACAACUAUCGGUUUAGGCGGUUUAACUUUAGAUCUUCGUGAACAUUUACAAGCUUCCAGAGAUACAGCUUUAGCCAAGAAAGAUUCUGAUGAAGUCAAUAGUAGAAUUCCUUCGUCUAUAUUAGGCGAGAUAUCUAUUUCGUCGUCAUCGUCAUCUGCUUCUUCUGCUUCUUCUUCUUCUUCUUCUAGUGACUCAUCAUCAUCAUCAUCAUCUUCGGAUUCAUCCUCGGACAGUGAAUCACAAUCCAACGAUUCAGACCACCACCACCACCACCGUCACCAUAAUAAUGCCAAGCAUAGAAAACAGAAGAAGAACAGCCAACAGUCUAAAGAUAAACAUUCAUCGUCGAAAAAGAAAUCACAUCAUGAUCAUGGUGAUCAUGAUCACGAUCAUCAUCAUCAGCGUCGUAAAUCUCAUAAACACAGAUCAUCUGAAAAACAGUCUAAAGUAGUAGUAUCACCAGUGAGGAAGACAACAACAAACUCUUCAGAUUCAAGAGAUAGGCGGGAUAAAAAAAGGGGGGAUGAGAAAAAGUCACAUUUAAAACGUCGUCCUGUUGAUACACCAUUUUUCAAUGAUGCACCGCAUUCACCGGCUUCUUCAAGUCAUUUAAAAAUGAAAGUUCAGUAGGAUAAGAUGUAUAAAUAAUAUUCCUUACAGAGAGAAAACAAAAUGAAAUUUGUACAAAAAAAGAAUUGUGUGAAUAAUGAUAAUAAUAAUAAUAUUA